GAAUUGAGUAUCAAAUGAUGGUUAUUCCCGAGUGCAGUUGCUGAAUGUUUUGUACUGUUUCCACACUGCUGUGGUUCUUUGAAUUUGGUUUUUUUCCAUGAAAUGGUAGGACUAGGAAACAGCUGCCGAGGGAUGAAGUCUCCACCUCUCCUUGUGGCUGCACUUGUGGCGUGCAUCAUUGUUUUGGGUUUCAAUUACUGGAUUGCAAGUUCUCGCAGUGUGGAUCUGCAGGGUCGGAUCAUGGAUCUGGAAGGCAAGGUCCGCAGGGCAGCAGCGGAGAGGGGCGCUGUGGAGCUCAAAAAGAAUGAAUUCCAAGGGGAGCUAGAGAAACAACGACACCAGAUUGACAAAAUCCAGUCUUUGCAUAGCUUUCAGAUGGAAAAUGCCAACAGAGUACAUGAGGAAGAGAAGGCAGUGCUGAUGAGUAACAUCACAGUAAAUGAACGAUUGAUCCAGGAUCUGCGAGAACACUUGAAAGAGUUACAGACAGAAUAUGGAAAGCUACAGCUGGAUGUUUACUGGUUUCAGAAGAACCAGACUAGCCUUCAGAAGAAGUUCUCAUAUGACCUGUCACAGUGCAUCAACCAGAUGAAAGAAUUAAAAGAACAGUGUGAAGAAAGGAUAGAUGAGCUUACAAAAAAGGGUAAUGAUGUACCACAACUCAAAGAAAACAAAGACUCAGAAGGGUCAAAAAAAGAAAACCAGGUCAAUAUUCAGCUGCCAGCCCUGAAGCAAACUGAGUUCAAGCAGGCUGGCUUGGAACAGCAGAAACCGGACAAAGAUGUACCUACAGUGAAAAAGGCAGACUCGCCGCAGGCUAAAGAAAGAAUAAAUGAUGCAGCUGACAUCAGAAAACAGGAGCCUAAGGCAGAAGAGAAUCUUUCCAGUCAACUGAAAAACCCACAGGAUUCACUCAAGGCUGCUGCAGAUCACAAGGAGAUACCACCUGAGUCAGAGAAAAAGCUGAAUCCCUCUGAAGAUGAAAAACAAGUAGCUGAGCAAGAUGGAUUACAGCCAGCAGCAGAGCAGGCUGAGAGCGAGGAAGUCGAGAGGGAGGAGCUAGUAAAUUUUGAUGCUAAGCAGGAUGACGUGCCCCCCGGAAAGGCUGACAAACAGGAACAUGAAGCACUGAAUCAGGACAAGGGUGUUGAUUACAACGUAGAUGAGAAUGAAGCUGAAUCAGAAACGGACAAGCAAGCAGCACUUGCAGGGAUUGAAAAUGUUCAAAACUCUGAAGAUGUGAAGAACCACUUACAUGAGCAUGGUGAAGAACGACAGAGGUUGUGAAAAAAGGAGGUUCAUGGUGCAGCUUGGUCUCCUUCAUAUAAAUGCAGCAAUGAUGAGAGCGAAGUGAUCUGAGACUGUUUUGAGUGUCUUCUCAAGGCUUCAACAAGGGCCCAAAUGAAGUAGUAUUUUCUUGUGAAGUUUUAGUACUGUUUCAGUGGUGAAAGUAAUCUUAAACCUCGGGAGGCUUGUUUUAAGCAGCUUGACCUCUGGAAUGACUCUCUUUCUUUCCUAUCAAUUACAAAGUUGAAACCAACUAGCAGUAAACUUUGAAGCUGGCUAUCUCGUACAGUCAUACUACAAUAGCAGUACGUGUGGAUUGCUGGCAGAUGAGAGAGACUCCUCUGCCAGGGAUGGAAGUCUCCCCUGAGCAACGCAGUAGAGAAAUCCCCAGCUGAGUUUUAAGCCAAGCUUGAGGAACUAAGUUACCUUGACAAAACAUGGGAAGGGUGAAGAAUGGUCCAUGCUGCAGUCUGCCUGUGUGCCUAUUCUGGCAUAUUUGUGCUGCAGUGUAGAUAGACUCAGAAAGCAUGAUUUUUAGUCCUCAGAUAUUAGGCAGUAUGAUAUGUUUUCCUGGGCCUACAGUGGCCUAUAACCAGGCUGAAACACUGUCGUGGUUGUGUUCUUGGCUUUCAGGUUAAGAAAAGAAGAAUGAUUCCAAGAAUACUGUCUUCUCGUUAAGAGAUUAGCAGGAAUGUUUUUCUGAAAGCUUUGCUGGACUCCUGGUCACAAGAUCAGUAUGACGGUAUGGUUCAGUUACCACUAACUUGGACAAGUUAGGAGUGUUAAAAUUCAGGCUCCUGAACUUUUCAUGACAGAAGGCAUCUGAAAUGGCUACGAAGUGCUGCGACUUCCCUUUACUCCUCCCAGCCACUGUCUUCUGCCAAAGAGUAGAAAGGCAAAUGCUUGCCUUGUAGAGCAUCAGUCAUCUCAGCUGUUCCAAGUGACUGAUCUUCUCUGCCAGGCUUCUGAUGAAAGGUGAACCAGGUAUGCAUUGACCAGACGUCUCGGUGUCUCCCACAGGUGAGGCUCUCGUCGUUGUGAAGUCCUGUGUUAUGCGUAAUGUUACCGUGGUGUUAAUGUUCUGUAGUCUUCAUCUUUUCUGUAACUUUUUGAAUGUAAACUAGAAACUAGUUUACUUGCCAUAACCCAGAAAUACUCUCUACUACCACUGAAGCACCCUUCAGUGGUUGCCAGCUGUGUGUCACCAGCUGUUUACAAGAUGCUUGGAGAGAUCUUUGUGAGCCUGAACCGAGCGUGGGAGCAGACAGACAUGACUAAUUUCCCAACCUGCAAUUCCAUUUAAGAAAAUACAACUUUGUCUUGGCUUUCUCUUAACACACUUCAUUUUUGUAGCUUCUUUCCUGAUGUGUUGUUCCUCACUGUACUAGUUUACAACUCCUGUACCUUCGGAUGACAUAGGUAUGCCAGUGGAAGGUUGGUUCUUUUGUGUGUGAAGAGAGUACUAGUUGUCAUCACUGAGUGAAAGGCAGAGCUCCAGUCAAAUGGUGCCUACUAAGCCUAAAUACUUAAAACAGUUCUUUGAUAGACCUGGCACAUGUAACUUGAAUUCUUCUAAGAAAAGCACUGACUUCCAUUACUGAGUUCUUGGUUAUUCUGUUGUUGUUUUUUUUCACCAUGCAAGUCAGACUUAACUGGUCUGGGCUACUACAGUCAAUACAGCAGGAAAAAAUGCAGGAGAGAAAAGGAGGUAUAAGCAUCUUUUCUGACAAGCAUUGGUACGCUUGGGCUAUUAAGGUUGUUUGUUGCACAUAAUGGCAUGUUUUAGCAUCAAAAUUUUACCCAUCUUCCAAGUAAAAGGAGCAUUUUCUUAGGACUUAAUCUGUAAACAGUUAUGUAGCUGAGAUUAAGUCAAUCAGGAAUUUAAUAGUGAUUGUUAAAAGAGUGUAAAAUAUACUGGUAAAGAUACCGCUAAAAUUCCAAACCACAGAAUCCCAAGGCAAUGAAUAUAUUGCCAGAGACUUCUCUUUGGGCUGUAUUUCUGUGCAGGACCCAAACCUGAGUAGGCUUCUCCCUGGCCAGCUGCAUGUUGUCCUCUCCAUACUCAAGAACACCUUUGUGUGAAGCACCUCUGACAGCAGGGGCUCUGAAAACCUGUGCAAGAGCGAUCUUCAGAAGCACAAAGGCAUACAAUCAUUCUCAAUGGCUUCAAGCACUAUGGGGAUAUAACUAGUGGUAGAUUUCUAGUAGACAAUGGGCCUGUAUGUCUACUAUAUAGAAUUUAAAAUUAAAGGGCUUUUAGUUGAACAAAACAUGAGAUUCACUUGGAACUGUCAUUUACAGAGUGUUGUCUAUCACAAAAAUUUUUAGUUGUGUAAUCAUCCCAGGGUUAAAUUAACACUUGUCCUUGAUGAUUUUUAAAUACUAAGCCUGAUUCAUUUUAGAUAAACGUUUUACAAUAAAAAUAAUCUUGUCUACUGUGUAUUCACCCACUUCUAAUGUUAAUGAAAAUCAGAAAGAUGAUGUUGAA